AAGUCCAAGAAGAUCCCUGUGCACACUCCCGGAGAAGUCGAGUAUGAGAGAGCCGUCGCAAACAGCAACCUCUUGUACCGCUUCGCGAGACCGGCCUGCGUUCUCCAACCCGAACACAACUCUCACAUCCGUAUCAUCAUCGCCCGUGCCAAGGAGAAGAAGCUGCCUGUUUGCAUCAAGAACGGCGGCCACUCUUAUGCGGGCUUUUCCACCAUCAAUGACGGUCUCUUAAUUGAUCUGGUCAACAUGAAGAGAGUUGACCUUGAUAUGGAGAAAAAGACCGUCACGAUGCAAGCCGGUGCUCAAUGGGGUCAUGCAUACAAGGAGCUCAUCAACGAUCAUCACGAUGGGUGGGUCAUCAAUGGCGGGCGAUGUCCUACUGUCGGAGUGAGCGGCUUCACCCUCGGCGGCGGCCUUGGCCCUUUUACUCGAAGCUUCGGAAUGGGUAGCGACACCUUGCUCGAGGCCACCAUAAUCACAGCUGCUGGGGAGACUGUCACUGUCAAGAAUACUGGCAACACAAAGAAGGAGGAGCAAGAUCUCUUCUGGGCACUCUGCGGUGCUGGUGGUGGCAACUUUGGUGUUGUCGUCGAACUCAAGAUGAAGCUUCAAGAGCUGCACGGGAAGGAUGUUGUAGCCGGGAGGUUUACGUGGUCACCUAAACACUGCGAAAAAGCCCAAACUGACUUUAUGGACACAAUGGUCAAGUUCUACACCACCAACUGGCCCAACGAGAUGACCAUCGACAGUUCAUGGCUAUGCGAUCUCAAGGAUGGGAGAGAAGACCCUGCAGUUCGGUUCCUGGUUUACUACAACGGCACCGAAGAGGAGUUUGAUAAGCUGAUUGAUGAGCAUCUCGGAGGUGUCAAGGAGAACGGGGAAGAGAAGAAAUUGCCAAAGCAGCUGAAGAGACGUACACUGCAAGAAAAGUCGACGAGGUUCCUUCAUGAGACGCUUGUCUCUCAGUGGUCAGAGGAGACCAUCAGGGCGUUCCCCUCGAACCCAAGCUACAAGAUCUACACAUCGUUUGUCUUUGGUAACAAGAAAGACGAGAUCCAAAAGAUUACCGAAAUCAUCAAGACAGAGAUGGAGGCAUUCAGAAAGGAAUUCAAGGGCGAGCAGGGUCUUUUGCAAGUCACAUGGAUCCAUUGCGGAGGCAAGGCGAGCGAGAAGCUGCCCCACGCAUCAGCUUAUCCCUGGCGUGGAGGCGUCUACCACGCAUACAUCAUGAUUGACUGGCAGGAAAAGUUCCUCGAGCUGGACAUGAGGGGUUUCUUGGAAAAGAUGAAUGAGAAGCUGAGGCCCUUCUCUUACUCGAAACGAGCCGCCUUUAUCAACUUUCCUGAUCCAGCUCUCAAGAAGGACGCCCACGAGGAGGCAUACUAUGGACUCAACAAGGACAGACUGCGCAAGAUCAAGGCCUUUUGGGACAAGGACAACUUCUUUGGCUGGUCUCAGGGUGUCCAACUUCCAGAG